CUUUGAAAAUAUCCAGAACUUUUCGAUCUUUUCAAAAGCUUCCCUUUCAACCCCAACGACAACACCAAACUUGCAUUCCAAUACAGCCGGAGCGCAUUAUUCAAUUUCAAAACCGCAGAGAUGGCACCAGCAACUAAGAAGGCUAAGAAGACCGCCGACUCCAUCAACAGUCGUUUGGCUCUUGUUAUGAAGUCCGGAAAGGGUAUGCGAAAAAUCAAUUUUCUUCGACGUGAAGUUCAAUAAAAUACUAAUUUUUAAUUCACAGUCACCCUCGGAUACAAGUCUACUCUCAAGCAACUCCGAUCUGGCAAGGCCAAGCUCGUCAUCAUCGCCGGAAACACCCCUCCUCUCCGCAAGUCUGAGCUCGAGUACUACUCGAUGUUGUCCAAGACUCAAGUUCACCACUUCUCCGGUAACAACGUACGUACAUGAACAUUUCAUUUGUCAAAUAUCCGUCUAUCGAUCAGAACCUUUUAGGUCUGGGAGGACAUUACCCAGCGAUAAAGUCUCUCUAGACUUUGGAGGGUAUUCAGUUGCUUACUAUUUUAUCCUUUUAUAGAUUGAGCUCGGUACUGCUUGCGGUAAGCUCUUCAGAUGUUCUACCAUGGCUGUUUUGGAUGCUGGUGAUUCCGACAUCCUCUCUAGCCAAGCUGUAUAGAUUAGGAUUAUCAAUCAUUCAGUAUUGGUUGUCGAGGUGGAGAAAUUCUAGAUGAUGGUUCAAGAUCAAUCAUGAUUGAUUGACCUUUUGAUAUGUAUCACUGUGCAUAUUCUGCACAGCUUCAUAGCAUUACGAAAUGACAUACCUUGAUUCUAGGAUUUCGUUUUUUCUUCUACGUGUUGAGUGAUGGACGUAUAUGG